AUGAUGCUUGAACACAAAAAUAUAAUUGUCAGAUCUCUGAUUUUAUUUUUACAAUUAAGCAUUGUUUUGGCAUUUGCUGAUACAAACGAUGAUUUGGUAUCACUUAAUUUUGAAGACAAUAUUGAAGGAAAAUUUUUAUCAUUUUCAAAAUUAAAUAUUCGUCUUUCACGUCAAUCGAAUGCUGAUCUAACACCAACGCGUACUAUUUCCUCGUCGCAAUACGAACGAUUAAGUAUUAAUAAUCAAUAUUAUACAUUGAAAGUUCAUUUUAAACGUGGUACUGUACAAGAUCAUGUUAUGACAUCAGUACCAAUGUGCCUUGUUUUACAAACACAUUUUCACUAUAAUGUGACUUUAUUCGUUAGUGAAAAUGGUUAUAUUCCUGCUGUACAACUUACAACUGGAAAUUCAACAUGUAAUCCAUCGAAUAUAAAAGGUCUUGACGAAAAACAAGAAUCUACUUAUAAAGUUUCAAUGCGUUUACAAUUAAAUGAAGUUGGGCCACAACCUGAAAUACAACAAUUUUUGGAUAAACUUAAAAAGCAACAAGAAGCUAAAUUGAAUGCACAAGACAAUGAUAAUCGACCAUUUAUUCUCAAAUAUUGGAAAUAUUUGUUACCCGUUGUCGUUAUCGUGGUUCUUCAAAAUGUGUUUACAAACGAUCCUGCUGGUGGUGGUCAGUCUGCUGGUGGACAAUAA